GACGGCGCGAGGCCGGGCCUGCGUGCGGGGGCGGGGCCGCGGCGAGCCGGGCAGGGGCGCGGGUGGCGGCGGCGCGGGGCGCCGGACCUGGCGGGGCCAUGAGCGCCCCCCGGCCCCAGUUCAGCAUCGAUGACGCCUUCGAGCUGUCCCUGGAGGACGCGGGCCCGGGGCCCGAGUCCAGCGGGGUCGCCCGCUUCGGGCCGCUGCACUUCGAGCGCCGGGCGCGGUUCGAGGCGGCCGACGAGGACAAGCAGUCCCGGCUGCGCUACCAGAACCUGGAGAACGAUGAGGAAGGAGUCCAGGUGUCUCCGGAGCCAGAUGGGGGAGUCAACACCAGGUCAGGGCCAGGGAUGCUGGCCGAACAUCCUCCGUCCGCAGCUCCCAGUGGUCCUUCAGUACCAUCAGCAACAGCACCCAGCGCUCCUACAACGCCUGUUGCAGCUGGACUCAGCACCCUUUGAUCCAGAAGAACCGCAAGGUAGUGCUGGCCUCCUUCCUGCUGCUGCUGCUGGGGUUGGUCUCUCCUUACAGACAUUUCCCAGGGCCUGCCCGGGCCCUUGCUCUGAAAACAGUUUGGCGAGCUGCCCAGGAACCUUCAGCUCAGUGCUGAUCCUGGUCGGCGUGGGACUGGAGGUGGCCCCCUCACCAGGUGUCUCCAGCGCCAUCUUCUUCGUGCCGGGCUUCCUGUUGCUGGUCCCGGGAGUCUACCACGUGAUCUUCAUCUACUGCGCGGUCAAGGGCCACCGGGGUUUCCAGUUCUUCUACCUGCCCUACUUUGAGAAGUGAGCCGCCAAUGGACAGCCGGACAGCAGGAAUCCACGUCGGCCCCGGCGGCCUCCUCUCGUCCCCAGGGGGCGCUCUCGGCCAUUGUCCAGUCCGGAGUUUGCUCAGGAAGUUUGGGGCCUGCCGACCCUGCGCCCAUUACCUGGGCCUGGAAAGUCGCCCUUUGCCUGCUCUGUGCCUUAACUUAUCCUCGCGCCCUGGGACUACUGAGUGGUGGUGUACGCUAAUAAAAGGGGUGCCUCAAUCCA